UCUCUCUCCUUUGGAGCGGAGGGACAGCAGCAGCAUGUUAAAGCCGCAGCAGCAGCAGCAGCAGCACGGCGGGGACUUGCUCGUGCACGACCCGCCUCCGGUAUUUGGGAAGCCCUGGUACUGGCAGCGCAGCAGCAGCACCAUGGAGAGCACCCGCAGCCUGGCGCAGGUCAUCGUGGAGAUGCGCGACGAGAUCAAGAAGCUGGAGGCGGAAAACAGAGAGCUCCGCGGGGAGUGCGCUCAGGAUUCAUCUGGGCACGGGUCAGGAGGAGCCUGUGAGGAGGGUUACUCUGGGGGAAAGGAGCAGGACGGGAUCGUGGAGAACCCUUACGGGAACCUGAGACGGAAUGCGUCUGCGCCAAUCCUGGAGGGACAGUUCAAAGAAAACUCUGUCAUGACUGUUCGACGGUACUCUACAAGCUCCAACCUCUCUGGGAUAGUGGUAAGAGAUGGUCGGGUCGACAAAGCCAAGCAAAGUAACUCUGCAUGGGGGAGACUGCGGGAAGAAAUGCAGCCUGACAGUGAUCUGUUUAAUAACUCAGACAAAAGAGAGGCGGAGGAAGAAGUCACUAACCGGCACUCUCUGCAGGAAUAUGUUCAGAAAAACAGGGCCAAGGUCAAAUCUGUAUCGUUCCUUUUACCUGUGGAUGAUAUUUACACCAACCGGCCUGUUCUGACCAAACACCCGGAAGAGCCUAAAAUCACUGGUCUGGCUUCCAUAAGUGAGACCGAUUCCUGAGGGAACUUUUGAAUGUUUCAGACUCAUCAUGGGAACUCUGAGCAGACUCAAACUGGACUUCUGUGGCCUGAUGCAAACAACUCUCCUUAUUUAGGUCAGUUUAGAUUGGAUUCGUAACGGGUAAACCAGUGGAGCGGUUUUCAUCACACCUGAUCACAAGCACUGAAGAUUCUGGUUACAGGUUUUGCUUUCAGGUGGCCAUGGCAAUCUGAACCUGGUCAGCAGUGAUGACACACGAGGAUCAGGUGUCCAGACUCCUCUCCUUUACCUGAGCUGUUGCUUCAAGGUGACACGCACACACCUGCAGGUGACAGACCUUUCACAUGCUGGCCGCUGACUCCGACCUCGUGAGCAGCAUCGUUAUUUAUUCAUCUGUUUCUCCUAAUAGUGAAGACUGAAAUGCAUAGGCAGAACGCCAAGUGAACCCAUGACCCACUUUCCAAAUGAGUGAUGGUUUAAAGCCUAAAUCCUACACUCCUGAUCCUGCGUUCAUGUGUCCAGUUUCUUUGGAAGAAACCAGUGUUUUUCACAUUUACAGUGAAGUAAACUGGGCUAUAACUGAUGUCAUACCUGUUUAACAGAAAUUAUUUAUGAGACAGAACUGUGAAGCUAAUUGUAGCAUAAAGUGUUAAACUUCAUGCUUUGAAGUCUAAUGAAUUUAAUGUGAAUAUUUACAAGUUAGAAUGAAACUUGUUUUUUUAUGUAGCAAUUUCAGGUUGUUUUGUUUCCAAACU